GCCGCACCGGAAGACGCUCAAUUUUUUUUUUCCGGAAACUUCCCUAUAAACAAUUUUCCGGCGAAUAAUUGGGCGAUCUGGUAAGAAAUGAGUAACGGCGAGCUUCUCCGCAUCGAACCCCAAGAACUUGAAUUCCCAUUUGAAUUGAAGAAGCAGAUUUCAUGUUCCCUGCAACUAACAAACAGAGCCGACAGUUAUGUAGCCUUCAAGGUGAAGACCACGAAUCCGAAGAAGUAUUGUGUGCGGCCGAAUACUGGAGUGGUGUUGCCUCACUCCACUUGUGAUGUUAUAGUCACAAUGCAAGCACAAAAGGAGGCUCCAGAAGACAUGCAAUGCAAGGAUAAAUUCCUCCUCCAGGCUGCAGUUGUUAGCCCGGGAACGACAACGAAGGACAUUACUCCCGAAAUGUUCAGCAAAGAAUCAGGGAAUCGUGUUGAAGAAAGCAAGUUAAGAGUUGCCUAUGUUCCACCUCCACGGCCACCUUCUCCAGUGCGAGAGGGAUCAGAGGAAGGCUCCUCACCUAGGGCUUCGGUAUCGGACAAUGGGACGGUAAAUCAAACUUCUGAAUAUAACACUUUAUUGAGAGCACAUAUUGAGCCUAAGGAGAAUACAACGGAGGUUAUAUCCUACUUUUUUGAACCUUUGAAAUUUUUGCUUGUUGAUAUAUGCUUUUAUCUUUUAAAUUGUAGUUUAUGUUAUAGUGCAUGGCUGUCUGAUCUCGUCAUCAUACUUUGGCAUGAGUUGGCUCCAGCU